UACAAAUGAGGGACUGCGGGUUGAGCUGUCAAAAGAGGGACUGUCCCUCCGAAAAAGGGACAGUUGGGAGGUAUGGGGUUUGCUUCUCCUUUAACUGAAAGGUGAAGCUUCCCACCUCAUGAAACAACUGGAAACACAUCGCCAAGAAGAGUCUGAUUAUCCAGUGAGCAGAGUGUUAGCGCUACUGUUACACAUGUGUAGGUUAUAAGCAGUUAUGAGGGUUACAGACAGACCAACUCAUUGGCGCACAGUGAUUUCCUAUAAAGCUUUUGCUUCCCCUUCAUCAGUCGCAAUGAGGCUGGACAAUAUCCAUGGCAACCGAAACAGCAGAUGCCCAGAACGUCAAGAGGCGGGUCGUAUGGCGCAUGCGCACUACUUAUGAAUUCAGCGGAAACAAUAUGGCGAUCCGGAAGUAAUUGCCUCACCCUGCUCCAAUUAGGUUGAGCGCGGGAUCGCUUUGAGUUGUGAUGUAUGGAAGGUCUGCCUUUCCGAUACUCAGUAAAUGUGGAUCAAGGAAUGUCCAUCUCCAAUCGGACAGAAGAACCUACCCAUGACUAACAUGGAGGCACCAGAAAAUGAGGCAUCAGACUGUAAACACGAGUUGACCACCAUCAAGUCUAAUAAAAGUUUACCUGGGGCUGGACUCCUGCAGACCGCAGAGAAAGAAGAAAAAGUCUCCAGUGAACUGAAUAAAAUAAAAGAUCUAGAAGUUAUCUUCACUGAUGGGGAAAGUCUACGGAUUGAGUCUAGAGAAGUGAAACUGGAGAAUGAAGUCACCAAUGUUCUGAUAAAAAUGGAGUCACAACCAGACAUGUUAAAGGUUAAAAUAGAAAAAGAAGAAACGGAAACUGAACAUUGUCUGGACUCAUUUAAACUCACAUUGUUUCCAAGCACAAAUGAAGAUCACCGCUCUGAAAAUGAGAUGAAGGGAAGAAAAGAAACACUCCCAUCAGUUCUGUGCACAAAUAAUUCCCCUCAUUCUCUGGGUUCAGGGAUAGAACAAAGAGCUGGACUGUGUUUAGAGCUGUCACAGCACAAACCCGUGUCUGACUCUAAGUGUGACUCAAGCCCAAAGUAUGAGGCUCGUCCUCCAGUGUCGGACUCAACAUAUAUUAUUUGUUGUAAGUGCGGAGAAAGCGUUUGUCCAAUCAUCGACAGCACUCACGUCUGCACCCAUGCUAUGAAUGAUAACGUUCUCAAUAAUCAUACGAAAGGACUCACAGAGGAGAGAACAUUUAUUUGUACCCAGUGUGGCAAGAAUUUCAGCACAAAGCACAAUUUUCAAAUCCAUCAGUUGGUCCACACUGGGGAGAAACCAUUCACUUGUACAGAGUGUGGCAAAAGCUUCUCUCAGAAGAGCGUCCUCCACCGGCACCAGCGAAUUCACACGCAAGAGAAACCCUUCAUCUGCACAGAAUGUGGGGUGAGUUUCUCCCAGAAAAGCAUGCUUCACAGGCACCAGACGGUUCACACAGGGGCAAAACCAUUCACAUGCACAGAAUGCGGGAAAAACUUCUCCUAUAAAAGCAACCUUCUCAGCCACCAGAAAGUUCACUUGGGGCAGAAACCCUUCAGGUGCACAGAUUGUGGCAAAGACUUUUCUCUAAAGAGCACCCUUAACAGGCAUCAGAAAGUUCACACUGGGGAGAAACCAUUCCCUUGUCAGGAGUGUGGGAAAAGCUUCUCCCAGAAGAGCCACCUGUUAAAUCAUGAGAAAUUUCACAGGGGGGAGAAGCGUUUUACUUGCACAGAAUGCGGGAAAGGUUUCUCUGAAAAAAGCCCACUCCUGGCACACCUUGGGGUCCACACUGAGCAACGGACGGCUCUAUAGCCAGCAUGUGGCCUGUGCUAUCAGCAUCAUAAGCUUUUAUUCAUGUAGUGCCAGGAAGUGCAUCUGAUACUUAAUUUACAUCCAGACUUGUUGUCUACGCUUAAUCCAGCCAAGGAAUCAUCAUAAUAGGAAACAUGAAAUCUGUGCAUAUGGUAUUUUAAUAGGAGAUCAGAACAUGCAUUUAAAGGAACAGGCUGUGCAAAAUAAAAAAUGUUACUAAUAUAGUUAGUUAGCCAAGCCAACCAGUGGAAACCAAGCUAAAAUUGAUAUGGAAAAUGAUAUUGCAGCAAGCGGUAAAA